CGUCGAUAACAGGAACAUUUCUCCAAACGAGGGGUAUGGUGCGCAGAAGUUCCUGGUUCUGCAUCCAAUCGUGCGCGAAUCCCUGCAUAGACGCAAAUACAUACCUUGGCUUGCGGCUAUGAAUUUGUCGCGCUCAAUCGUGACUUUGAGGCCUCACAUCUCGAGGUCCUGUCUUUGCGCAGCUGGAAUUCUUCGUCUGUCUCAUACCUCUCCUGUGAUCGUCAAUCUUCCUCGUUAUGUCAGCACAAUACCACGUGGAGAGCGUCCACAGACUGGGAUAUCAGAGACUGCCAGGAGAGUAGGUGAAUCUGGCCGGCAAUACCUGAUCGAGCGAAUUUUGCAAGAGAAAGGCAAUCCCCCUUGUCGCGUCUGUCUCGCCAGUGACGCAAACGAGAAAUUCAUACUGAAGGAUGUACCGCCGGCUCAGUUCGACCAUAUCCAAGGGAUGUACCGGAGCCUCGAUGGCAAUCAGUAUCUUCGACUUUCCGAGGACGUCGUUCUGGGACGAUCGACGUUUGUUUACAGAUAUUUCGUUGACCAUCUGUUGAACCUUGCUAGGCAAGAUUUACCUGUCGUUCUUAUCAAAAGGAUUCUUCGAGAUAUGCUCCGCGGCCUUGCAGCUUUGCACAAACAAAACAUUGUGCACACAGAUAUCAAAGCCAAUAAUAUCCUCGUUAAUUGGAAUAAAGAUGAUCGCGGAAUAUCUAUCCAGCAAGUCAAACUCGCUGACCUCGAGGAUGCUACUCGUGUAAAUCCCGACAGUGACAUUGUUGGUAUACAAGUUGGCAACCCCAUGUGGCGCAGUCCCGAAGCACAUACACAAGCCCGCGUGAACAAACCGUCCGACAUUUUCUCUUUUGGCAUUGUGUGUAUAUAUGUUAUGACAAAGCAAGUCAUUUUCGCGGUUGAUGAAGGGGACCUCGAGGAAGGUGAAGAGCCUCUAGCCGUGAUUCUUGAGCGCCAGAUCUCGUAUUUUGCAGACGAGGAAGGAUUGAACGCUUUUAUGAAGUACCUCGGCGAUAGCCCAUGGUGUCAAGUUCUAGAGGUACUUCGCGAUGGAUUCAACAAGAGCAAUCCACGAAAGCCGAUCUCUUUGUGGACGGGGAUUGACGAUGACUUCAAGGACCUCAUUAUGGGCCUAACUAAAUUUGAUCCUGCACAGAGACUCACGGCAGAUAAGGCUUUGAAGCAUAGGUGGUUUGGAGACAUAGAGUAAGCGCUUGGUGUCGAGCGGCCGCUCCGUUCUAGAAGAAGAUAGGAGUGGAAUGGCUGGAUGAGAACGACUUGAAUUCACAUGAGGAGAUCAUUGGUUGCAGUGUGGAUGGUGGAAAGAACUUGAUAGGGCUUUAACAGAGCUUGACAGUGAACCUUAGAUUGGAAUAUGAUGGUCGGCAACAUCUAACGCAAGCGUGUCUGUACCGCAUUCCUCUAGAAUUAAUAAACAGAUGCCAUAUUAGAGCUAUGCCUAGGGUUUUAAAGUAAGGCUGAAAGAUAAUCGAAGUAC